UAAGACUGUGUACUUAUUUCAUAAGCUUGUAGCGAAAAGAUGUUUUCAUAAACAAGUGUAACGCUGGAAUUUGUGCUUAAAAAUAUAUGAUUGGUCGUAAAGGAGUCCCGAACCUGAGUACAACUAUGCAGCAGUUAAAAAUGGCAUAACAUUGUGCUCCAGAAAAGAGAUAGUGGCGUUAUUUUAAACACAGUCUUGGCAGAAUCUCUUCUUUUUUCGCCCAAAAGUAAUACAAAACAAAGGAGCCAUUAUGGGAACGGUUCUGAGUUUCAAUCCACGGGAUCGCCAUCCCAUAUACUCGUCUCAGCCAAAUUUUCAAUAUAACCAUUCAAGCGAUAUUAGGAAUGAGAACGACUCCACGGGCUCAAUCGAUUCUCAUCUGAAUAACUUCUCGUACGAGCAAUUGAAUAAUGCCAAGAAUAGGGAAAGCAAGAAGUCGGCGGCAUGCCACCACCACCAGUUGUCCAAGAACGUCAUCGGGCAGGGACAAGGACAUGGACACCAGGGGACAUGUGGCGGUGGAGUGCACAUUAAUUUGCAGACGCAAACACAGCUGAGCUCGCACAACUUGAAUAACUUGACAAAUGCGUCCAAGGACACGAUUACCAAUGUCCUGGAUACGCAUAACGAGAACUCUUCCGUCCUUAAGGCGGAGAAGAGCUCGUUCGAGAAGAAUUUGAAGAAGCAUUCGAUCUUCAUUAACGCCCUCUCAUGGAAGAAGCUCUCCACAUCACAUAAUAAGAAGAAGAUUGAGAACAAGAGUAACAAGUGCGCCAACCUGCCGACGGCCUGCUUCAAGGCCCAGCUAUUGGAGUCCUCGUUCGCCUCCUCAUCCGAAAAUCGAAACAUCCAGCUGCACUGCAACCGGAUCGAGGAGCAUAACAACCAACAGCAACAACAACAGCAACAGCACUGCAAUCAGUCCCAGGAGGGACUCCAUCGGGAGGAGGCUGGGCUCACGGGAGCACCGGGCAAAUCGCAGAACCCUUCCAAGGCGAAAGAUCCGGUCAAGUUGAAUAACAAGAACUCGAUAUCCAAUCACAACAACAAGCUGAUCCAGAAGCAACCACUGACGCUAACCCUGCCGCAGCAAUUGCAGCCGGCGUCAAUGCAGAUCAAAAAUACCAAUCAGAUCCCUCGUAAAACCGUCAUCCAGGCAUCCACAUCCGAAUUGCUAAAGUGCUUGGGCAUGUUCUUGCAUUGCCGCUGUCAGAGGCUGAACAACUUUGAUGCUGGCGACGCUGUAAUGUGGCUCAGAGCGGUUGAUCGCAGUUUAUUGCUCCAAGGAUGGCAGGAUGUGGCUUUCAUUAAUCCAGCCAACGUGGUAUUCGUUUACAUGCUAGUUCGUGAAUUGGUCAGCGGCGAGGAGAGCAAGGAAUCAGAACUUCAGGCUUCAGUACUCACCUGCCUGUACUUGUCAUAUUCAUACAUGGGCAAUGAAAUCAGUUAUCCCCUCAAACCGUUUUUGGUUGAAGACUCCAAGGAAAAGUUUUGGGACAGGUGUCUCGUCAUUGUGAACAAGCUAAGUGAUAAAAUGCUUAAAAUCAAUGCUGAGCCUGGCUUCUUCACCGAAGUCUUCACUGAGUUGAAAUCUUGUGGUCAAUAUCAUCCUACAAUUAAAUCGUACUGCGGAGGCGCCUGACGGACGGAUGACCGAGAGAUUAUUGUCAACCUCUCAUUGUCUGCGCAUCGCCAGAAAUUUCCACAAGAAAUUAUGGCGAAAUACCGUUAAAUGAAACUUAAUAUUUUAUAAAACAUUAGACAAUUUCAUUAUGUCACUAUCACAA